AUGCAAACCCUCAAGAACGACUGGCUCACAGACAAUAUCAUCUCAUUCUGGGAGGAAUACCUUGAACACGAGUUCCUCACCCGAUACAAGUCCUCCAAUAUCAUCCUCCUCCGCCCUAGCAUGUCCUUCAUGAUCCUUCAAACACCCGACCCACGCACUCUCCGCGAAGCACUACCAGACUUCUCCCGAGCCACACAUGUCUUCCUGCCUAUCAACGAUUGCCGCAAUGUCAGCCAAGCAGAGGGUGGCACCCAUUGGUCCCUCCUGCUUAUCUCUGUUGUCGAUCGCAUUGCCUUCCACUAUGAUUCUCUAUACCAAGGAAAUGUCUGGGAAGCUGAUGUGGUUACCCGUAAAUUCGGGUAUCUCCUAAACAUGCCGAUCAGGUUCAUGCAUUUGAACGACUCCCCCCAGCAAGAUGGAGGCAGUGACUGUGGUGUCUUCGUAUGCAUGAACAUGCGACACCUUCUCAUGAAGCGGCUACUGAUGGCCAGCGCACAUGAGAAAGUCAGCAUGAGUCUCGGUGGGAGGAAAGUCGAUGCCCAUGGUUCACGCAAAGAGAUGGCCAAGAUCAUUGAAGGGUUUAGGAAAGAAGGCGAACGCCGACGAUCGUAUGUUAUUGUGCUGAGACUGUUCUCCAACAAGAUCAAAUACUGA